AUGCGUGUCCAAAAUGUCUACAGCCCUGCAGGAAACACCACAUAUUCAGAGGUCACAGGAACAGAUGGGAACAACAUCAGAAACACGCGUAUAAAAAUUCAUGCCGGGAAUCGAACCCGGGCCGCCCGCGUGGCAGGCGAGCAUUCUACCACUGAACCACCGAUGCGUGUCCAAAGUGUCUACAGCCCUGCAGGAAACACCACAUAUUCAGAGGUCACAGGAACAGAUGGGAACAACAUCAAAACGCGUAUAAAAUUGCAUCGGCCGGGAAUCGAACCCGGGCCGCCCGCGUGGCCGGAGCAUUCUACCACUGAACCACCGAUGCGUGUCCAAAGUGUCUACAGCCCUGCAGGAAACACCACAUAUUCAGAGGUCACAGGAACAGAUGGGAAAACAUCAAAACCCGUAUAA